AUGUCAACUGAUCACCCGCACGUGAAUCGUGCAAACAAUACCGCUCCGGACGAGGACAUUAAGCCACCAAGGACAUAUGGCAGCUUCGCGUUGGAGGAUGCAGUGAUAGAGAAACUUCCGAUUCCUGGCACCAAAAUUAUCUCGUCGUAUGCUUACGGGACGUCGUUAUGGGGCAGAUGCGCCAAAAUUGUCGCUGAAUUACCAGAUGGACAGACCAAAAACUACUUCUUGAAGGCUGCCACAGGGAAGACCGGUCGAGUGAUGUGCGAAGGGGAAUUCGAGGCUAUGAAAGCAUUGAAUGCUAUUAUCCCAACCAUGGCACCAUAUGUAUGGGCAUGGGGUAAGUACCAGAAUGAAGAAGCCUAUUUCAUGAUUGCAGACUUUCGCGAACCUGGAGAGCAGCCCCCUGACCUAGUCAAUUUCACCGCGCGGCUUGUAGAACUGCACAAAAAGUCCAUCUCACCAACUGGCAAAUUUGGCUUCCACACUACAACCUGCCACGGAGCGAUUACCCAGUUCACAAAUACUUGGGAGAUCUCAUGGGCAGAACUUUACAAAAAGCAGUUGGGACACAUGUUCGCAAUGGAUGUCGAAAAACACGGUCCAUGGCCAGAGUUCGAGCAGCUUGUUGACAUCACGUUGAACAAGGUCAUCCCACGACUUCUCGAACCUCUCCAAAGCGAUGGCAGGUCCAUCAAACCCUGCUUAUUGCAUGGUGACUGCUGGGAUGAGAACACAGCCACGGAUAUGGAAAGCGGGGAACCAUUUGUAUUUGAUGCUGGUUCUUUUUAUGGCCAUAACGAGUAUGAUGUAGGGAAUUGGAGAGCACCACGCCACCGACUAAGUAAGGACGUCUACAUGAAAAAUUACAAGCACAAUUUUGCACCUUCCGAGCCAGUGGAAGAUUGGGAUGGAAGAAACCUUCUGUAUUCCCUUCGCUUCAACAUCGGAACCGCGAUCCUGAUUCCCGGAUGUAAUCAACGUGAAGUGGUUUUCGAGGGCAUGAAAGAGCUUGUCAAAACCUAUUGCAAAGAUGAUUGGGCCGCGUUCGAGAAAGGCAAGAGGGGCGGGGAUUAUAGUGGAGAUGAGAGCAAGGGGCCAAAGAAGGAAUAA